GUGAGGGCGCGUUUGUGACACGUAUGUCCCCUCGGCGCCACGUGUGAAAUCCAACCCCAACCGUCGUGCUCAUCGUACCUUGACUUUUCAUCUGCAGCACACUGUUAAUAGGAGUAAUUCACAGAUACCCCUUUCUCUUCCCUCAACUUCACCCCAGCUCGCCAGGACCGGCAUACCUGCUCAAGGGUUUGGGCAUUCUGCUAGUUGAAUUAUCGAUUUUGUGAAUGUAAAAAAAUGAGUAGGACAAGAAACUUUUUGGUCGAAUGCGGGUCUGCUACUCCAAGUGAACCAUAUAACAGUCACGAUGAGCUGUUGGGUCUUGAUCAUGACAUUGCACAGCUUACGAGGCUUAAGUCAGAACCUCACAAGUAUAUGAGUCGAAGAUUACCGGGAAAGUCGAUGUUGCCUAUCUCCCCUGUGGAAAUGCUAGCGCGCCGGGAGGCUAACUUUUCUGGUCGUGGCAGGUUUUCAUCUGCAGAUGGCUGUCAUGUUUUGAACAGAUACCUGCCAGUCAAUGGGCCCUCUUUGAUUGAUACAAUGGACAGCUCUGGUUAUGUAUCUCAGUUCUCUGGUGAUGGAUCUCUUUUUGUGGCGGGAUUUCAGGAAAGUCACAUUAGGAUCUAUAAUGUUGAUAGUGGAUGGAAAGUUCAGAAGGACAUUCGUGCCAGAAGCUUGAGAUGGACAAUUACUGACGCAUCUCUUUCACCUGAUCAACGUUUCCUUGUUUAUUCCAGCAUGUCCCCCAUUGUUCAUAUUGUUAACAUUGGAUCUGCAGCAACAGAGUCUGUUGCAAAUAUUACAGAAAUUCACGAGGGUCUUGAUUUUUCUGCUGGUUAUGACUUUGAAGAUGACGAUUAUUAUUACGAUGCUUUUGGAAUAUUCUCUGUAAAAUUUUCAAAUGAUGGACGAGAACUUGUGGCAGCAAGUAGUGAUGCUUCAAUAUAUAUCUAUGAUCUUGGUGCCAAUAAGCUUUCCAUGCGGUUCCCUGCUCACAUGUGUGAUGUGAACACAGUGUGCUUUGCUGAUGAAAGUGGUCAUAUCAUAUAUUCUGGGAGUGAUGAUGGACUGUGUAAGGUUUUGGACAGACGUUGUCUCAUUAAUAACGAACAAGCAUCUGGGGUUUUAGUUGGCCAUCUAGAAGGUGUAACAUUUAUUGAUAGUCGAGGUGAUGGCCGUUAUCUUAUCUCAAAUGGAAAAGAUCAGACUAUUAAACUAUGGGAUAUCCGGAAGAUGUCCUCUAAUCUUUCUCAUUUCUUAUGCAGUAAUCCAUAUAAAAGAAACGUAAGAUGGGACUACAGAUGGAUGGAGUACCCAGUUCGUCUAAGAAAUUCUCGUCAUCCGAAUGAUAUUUCUUUGGCGACAUAUAAAGGUCAUUCAGUUUUGCGUACCCUCAUACGGUGUUACUUCUCACCAGCAUACAGCACUGGUCAGAAGUACAUUUACACCGGAUCUGCUGAUGAUUCAGUAUAUAUAUAUGAUCUGUUAACUGGAGCUCAGGUUGCCAAACUCGAUUAUCAUGAAGGUCCUGUAAGAGAUUGUAGCUGGCACCCGAACUACCCUACUCUAGUUAGCUCUUCAUGGGAUGGAACUGUUGCAAAAUGGGACUUCUCUGAUAAAUCUUUAAACCAAUCCUCUGAGACUGAGACAGUCUAGUCAAAUUUGGUGGAGCGUCUACUAAAUUGUCAGCUAUCCAGCAAUAUUGACAUGUUCUGUAAAUUAUGUCUAGUCUAAAAUUCUAGAGCUCUGUCUCUAGACUGUGUUUAAAUUAUCGAAAUAAAUAUUUUUCUUAUAUUGUAAUUAACGACUAGAAAAAAGAUGGUGCAGUUUUUACCUUAUAAUCCCCCGAGUCAUAUAACAUUACACACAGAAUACAUGAAUACAAGCCAGUUUUAUCACCAACAAUUUGUUCUUUACAGUGGUGAUGAGGCAAUUUUGAUAAUUUCUAUA